CGCUUGGGCACGGAGGUGGAGGCGGAGGCGGAGGCGGGGGUCUCUCUCUCUCUCUCUCUCUCUCGGUUCAGCCAUUUAAAUAUCAACCCGUGAAACUGGUCAGGGGUUCUGACUCCAAGACGCCCCGCUUGGAUCGGAUCAUUUCUCGGCUUUUUCAAGAGGAGCGUCGCACCGGGAUGUCGAGCCUCCUGGAGAACCCUCUCCAGGCGGUGCUCUACCUGAAGGAGCUCACCGCCAUCGUGCAGAACCAGCAGAGUCUGAUUCAAACCCAACGAUACCGGAUAGACAUACUCGAGCGCCGGCUGGAGGAUCUAGCGGUUGAGAAUGGGCAGCUCCGGGACUCCAGCAGCCAUCACCGGCACCCUCCCCGCUAUCAUCCGCCUCCGCCCCCCCGGACCUCCAGCCUGCCCCGAAUCAACAGAUCCGGGACGCCUCCGGUUCAAACCCAGCAGCAGCAGCAGCAUUCCCCCCUGGACAUGCAGCUCGUGCCUGCGGGACCCAGCAAUGCCAGUCCAGACUCUGCUGAUGAAGAUGAUAAUGAUGCUCAGGACCCCUGCUGUCGGUCCCUGGUCCCACAGACACCUGCCACCUUGUGCCGAGCUGUGAGACUCCCACGGGCAUCUGAGAGCCAGACCAUCCUGCACCAGUUCUGCUGUCCCGCACCAGAGGCCCCAGAGGGAGACUCCUUAACCUGCUCCAGCUCGAUUCCUGCUGCAGAACAAAAAGAUGAGAAAAAAGAUGCCCAGCAUGAUGCGCCACCCUGCUCACAUCCUCCAGAAUAUAAGCUCUCUCCUGAUCUCAAACAAAAACAGAUAGAGGACCUGGAGCAGAAGUACGGUGGUCCUCUGAUUUCCCGGCGUGCGGCCUGUAAGAUCCAGACGGCGUUUCGUCAGUACCAGCUCAGUAAGAACUUCCAGAAGAUCCGUAACUCGGUUCUGGAGAGUGGGAUCCCGCGGCGCAUGUCAGUGCGCAGGGUCCGGGUACAGAGGGAUGGUUUCUCCGCUGAACGGGCGCUGAUGGAGGGAUGUUCACUCAUGGGCAUCCCGCUCACACACUCCACCUCACUGCCGGUGGCUACAACAACCACACUCACACACCUGGAGGACACAUUCACUGAACAGGUUCAGUCAUUAGCACGGUCUAUUGAUGAGGCUUUGAACAGCUGGAGUUCUGUUCGAGAUGGGGAAGGAGAGUCCACUGCGGCCCCUCCCUCUGGAUUCCAUCCCGAGGGGCUCCUGAUGGACCCCGCUGCCCUACAGGAUACCACGCAGAGCAGCUGUGGGGAGAGCAUGCCCCGCAGCGCCAGUAAACUCAUGAUGGCUUUCAGGGACGUGACUGUCCAAAUUGACAACCACAACUUUCGCCUCUCCUCCUCAAUGCUGGAGUCAGUUUCCCUUGGUAACGGCGUAUCCAAGGAGACCAGCUUGAAACCCCAAACGGGGGGACAGAGCGCAGGUCAGUCGGCAUCGUCGGCCACGGCGGAGCCUGAGUUCCCAGCUCCACCACCCAGCGAGGAAGAGAAAGAGAACCAACAGCCAACUGGAACGGAUGAACCGUCAGGGGUGGGACUGGAGGGGAAAAAGACCAACCAGAUUGGACCAGAGAUAGCGGAAAACAGCUCAGAGCCUGUCAGUAGCAGCAGCACCUCGACAUCAGCGUGUGAGACGAUGAUUCUGUCUCUGCCCCGCCCACAUUGCCAGGACACACCCUGUGGCACGCUCUCGACGGAUAUUGCACGCAAACGCCUUUACCGCAUUGGACUCAACCUCUUCAAUGUAAAUCCAGACAAAGGUAUCCAGUUCCUGAUCUCCAGGGGCUUUAUUCCAGACACAGCCAUUGGUGUGGCUCACUUCCUGUUGCAGAGGAAGGGUUUGAGUCGACAGAUGAUAGGAGAGUUCCUGGGUAACAGCAAGAGGCAGUUCAACAGAGAUGUGUUAGACUGUGUGGUGGAUGAGAUGGAUUUCUCCAUGCUGGAGCUGGAUGAAGCUUUGAGGAAGUUUCAGGCUCAUGUGCGAGUGCAAGGAGAAGCUCAAAAAGUCGAGAGACUCAUUGAAGCAUUCAGUCAGAGGUAUUGUAUGUGUAACCCUGACGUGGUGCAGCAGUUUCAUAACCCAGACACCAUCUUCAUCCUGGCCUUCGCCAUCGUGCUGCUGAACACAGACAUGUACAGUCCCAACAUCAAACUAGAGCGCAAGAUGCAUCUGGAAGACUUCAUUCGUAAUCUACGAGGAGUGGAUGAUGGGGCAGAUAUUCCACGGGAGAUGCUAGCCGGGAUAUAUGAGCGGAUUCAGCAGAGGGAGCUGCGCUCAAACGAGGAUCAUGUGACUUAUGUUACCAGGGUGGAGCAAAGCAUUCUGGGAAUGAAGACGGUGAAUUACCCUCAUGGAAUCACGAUAUUGUCUCCGUUCUCGUCAGAGAAGAAGCAGGUGGUGAGUUUCUGCUCUCAGAGCGCAGAGGAGCUGCUCAAGUUUGUAGAGGACCUGAGAGAGAGCAUCACAGAGGUGGCAGAGAUGGAACAAAUACGGAUUGAGUGGGAACUAGAAAGACAACAGGUUGUGAGAAAUCAAACUAACAAGAACGACACACAACUAGACAUCCACGCUGGACUUAGUUCUGCUUCAGGGGAUGAUAUUUAUGAGAAAACGGGAAGCAAUGCAGUAGAGGUGUCAAUUCACAACAGGCUCCAAACGUACCAACUCAGCUCUACUCUGGCCCCACCCAGCGCUCAGCAACACCUGGCCGUCCUGCCUAGCCCCGCCCCUGGCUCCGCCCUCACCAUCUCCCCCGACACCCUGAUCCAGUGCCAGCAGAUCGUGAAGGUGAUCGUCGUGGACUCUGCUGGGCGUGGCCAUGUGGAGGCGUUCCUCAGGCACAACCCCGCCCAUCGCCUCAUCCAAUCGGCCGUCUCCACGCCCACCAGGUCACGGGAGGGAGGCAAGCAGCAACAGCAGCAGCAGCAGCAGCAGCAGCAGCCGCCCCUCCCUCCCCCGCCGCCUCCUUAUCAUCACCCGCAUCAGUUUUGCCCCCCGACCCCUCCACCACCACGCCACCUACUUAGCCAACGCAGGUACUCCAGCGGGACACGCAGCCUAGUCUGAACAACACACACUCAGACGAGUUUACACCUGUUAAAGGGAUUGUUAACCUAGAACACUCUCUCUUUAUUUAACCACUCUCAUGUCGUUCCAAACUCUUUUUU